AUGACACAAAUAUAUCCAUACGAUAUUGUAAGUUCAAGCUCUUCUCAACAAACUAAUAUCUGUAAGAAACAAGACGAAACAUCAGACAUAAACUCUGCAGAAACAGAUGAAAAGGAAAAGUUAAUGACAAAGAAACCCAUCCCUUGUAUGAGAUUCAUAUCCAUGCGAGUGUUUAUCACCCUUCUAAUUGUUAUCCUAUUGAUUACAUGUUCAAUAUUUAUUUGGUUAGCUUCGUUUGUAGGAUCAACAAAUGCUCUUCAAGAAAUGACAAAAGAAUUGAUAGGAAAGGUGGGUGAGAAAACCAUUUCUUAUAUCCAAUUAGAAAUUGAACCACAAAUGAGGUUGUCAAUGAGCUUGGCAGCAGACAUUAGUUUUGGAGUUAUUGGAGAGAAGCCGAAACCUGUUUAUUUGUAUGAGAAAUACAAGAUUUUCGAGUCUUCUGGGUUGGGAGUUUUCUAUCCUAAGGAGAUGUAUACCUAUUCAUUGUCUGGUAUUUCACCAAAUUCGUUGUUGACCUAUUUAGAGAAACAAAACGCUGGAUUAAUCUUUUGGAAUGUUAACGAAACUGAUGGAAGUCCAACAACAGUGCAUAAAAACGAUUCUACAACGUAUGAAAUAACGUCUCAACACUAUUGGAAGAGAAGCUUGGAAUUAUUCAAUGAAUUGAAUGAAAAUUCCAUUGUUGGUGAGCCAUAUUUGGUUAUCAACUCUGGAUUGGCGAUAUUUUGCUCAACCAAGGUUUACAAUUCUACGUUGUUUGCUCUAAGUGGUCAGAAACAAUAUAUUGGAAUUGCCAAAUCAAACAUGAUGUUAAAUUCCAUUCAAGAAUUUUUACAAAAGUUAACCAUAAUUGGUAAUGGAUAUGUUAUUUUGGCAGAAUUGAAUGACAGUGUGAUUGGUGCAUCUAUUAAUUCAACAUCUAUCGAUGGGAAGUCAAGAGUUUCAUUAUUCGAGUUAAUAGAUAAAGAUUCUGGACAACUGAUGAACGAUAUUCGUUCCCAAUAUGGAAAUCUUUCAGAAAUUCCAUCCUUCAUUCAGAUAUAUAGCAAUGGGAUAGGGUACUAUGUAUCAAAGAAAGAUUACAUAUAUAAGAACAUUCAUUGGAUUCUCUAUAUGGUUGUUUACAAGUCAGAUGUCGAUCAAACCACAAAUAUUAAUUCUGGAAUUUCUGUUGGUGUAGCAGUGGUAGUUAUCCUAUUCGGAGUGGCUUGUAGUUUUAUUAUUGGUCAUUUGGUUACCAAUCCUCUUAGAUUUCUAGAAAAUCAAUUCAUGAGAAUCAAAACUUUUGACUUAAAGUCAUGUUCUUUCAAUUCAAGCAAAUUCAAAGAAGUUGACAGUAUUUAUGAGCACCUAUUCGACAUGGUUACUUGGUUGAACGAAUUCAAAUCAUUUCUUCCAGAAAAUGUGUUUAACCAAUUGAAGAAUUUCGAACAAGUUGAACGGAAAUCUUCUCUAUUCGAAAAGAAGGAAUCAUUUUCCAGAAAUUCAUCAGAAUUUGGAUCUUCCAAGGUUGACAAACCGAAUACUCUUCAAAACUCAUCUGAUUCCUCUUUGAAAGCUUCCAAAGUCAUUUCUGGAAGUUUAUUCAAAUUAGGGUUAAACCAUUCCAGAUGUAGCGUUGUAAAUGUCAAGCUAUUUGGUUUCAAUGAACAGGUUUCGACAAAUGAAAUUUCGAAUAUAUUUUCCAAGAUCGCUAAUGGACUUUCAACUCUUUGCAAAACCAUGCAAGUCUCGGAUUUACUCAUUUUUGGAAUAGACGAAUACCAACUCACUUUCGUCGAUUCCAAUAAGAAAUGUGAAAUGGCUUCCAUUGAGGCAAGCUUAAAAAUUAGCAAAAUUCUAGAUAAUAUUCUUGGAAAAUCAGAGAAAAAAGUUAGUUAUUGCAUUGGAAUUUUUACUGACAUGGCGUACAUUGGAAAUAUUGGAAACCAUUCUUUACGUUGCUAUUCUGUGGUUGGUCCAAUUGUUUCAAAUGCUAGAAAAUUGGCAAUUUUUGGGCAUACUCUUGAUUGUAAAGUUUUGGUGGAUAGUGGAACGUUAUCACCUGUAGUAAUAAGUCAAUUUGUGAUUAGACCAAUUGACCGAAUCGAAAUGGAAGUUUUCAAUUCGAAAACUAAACAGAUUAUUUCAGUUCAUGAAGUAUUGAGGGAAAAUUUGGUCAAUCCUGAUGAAUGGCUUUAUGAAUUGGAACAAUCGAAUAGUAAUUCACAAUUUAAAGUUUUACAAAAUUCUUUCGUUUCGAUAUUUGAAGUGGAAACAGAAGAAUCAAACUUUGUAGAGAAAGUCAGAGAAACAAGACGAAUCUUUCAAAGAUACAUUGAUGAAAAUCCUUCAGACAUCUUGGCUUUCAAUCGUUUGAUUUAUGUACUCAACUUUCUUCUAGAUUAUUCUGAUGAUUCGAAUGCUUCUCUUUUUGAAUUGUUGAAAAAUUACAAAACAGCACUCCACAGAUCAGUCCAAACUCUUUCUCACCAUAAUUGUGAAGAUGUUGAAAUAACUCAUAUAAAUUUUAAAGGUUAG